CUGGUAUGCCGUUGCGUGCCGUCACAUCCACAGACCGAGCGAGCACUUCUGCGUUCCUGUCAUACGGUCCUCGGAUGAAUUUUGAAGGAGAGCUCGAUAUUUAAGGGAACAUCGGGAUUGUUUUGGAAGAUGAACUGGAAUUCCUCUGUUUGGCUAUCUCUUCCUUUGGGCUGACGUCUGUCUUCUUCGCAUCUCUGUCAUGUCUCCAGUCUACUCAUCCCCCAAAUACACCACCGGCUCCACCCUCCUAAGCCCCUACAGUUCCUUCGAUCCCUGCAACCGCACCCUGGGAUACAUCGUCCGUGGUCAACCCCAGCUUUCUAGGUAUGCGCCUUCCACCUCCCGCUACCUAAACCCCGGCCCUCGCGUCCUGUUCUUCCCUCAGGACCCCGAACGAGGUCGAACUGCACUCCAAUCAGACCCCCCCAUCGCCCGGCGGAGCGAAAGCUCCAGUCGGAUGCAGGUUAAAGGGCCGGUUCUCCGGAUGAAUGGCCUGAGGGGACGCUCGCCUUCGAGGACCGGGUACACCUGCACGUCUCCCCUGUCGAGGCAGCGCAGAGCGGUCAGUCAGUCGGAUCUGAUGCAAGAAUUGGCCACACUUGGGAUCUGUGAACCAGGAGUGGAGAGAGUCUACACAGUCAAAGAGUGUUUGAUCAGGGGACGGACGGAUUGCUCAGCGCCUCUGCACUGGAGCACGCCGAACUCCAAGCACGCUCAGGGUCUAGUGGGUCUUAGGAAUUUAGGAAAUACUUGUUUCAUGAACUCCAUACUGCAGUGUUUGAGCAACACUCACGAUCUGAGAGACUACUGUCUGCGUAACACACACCGAAUUGACAUCAACAACAACUGCAGGACCAAAGCUGAGCUGAUGGAGGAAUUCGCCAAGCUCAUUCAGACUCUUUGGACAUCAGCAAGCAGUGAGGCCAUGAGCCCGUCUGACUUCAAAAUGCAGAUCCAGAAAUACGCCCCUCGAUUUGUGGGCUACAAUCAACAAGAUGCACAGGAGUUCUUGAGGUUCUUGCUGGAUGGACUUCAUAAUGAAGUAAACAGAGUAAUGGUGAAACCCAAAGCCCCUGUGGAAGACUUUGACCACCUUUCGGACGACGAGAAAAGCAAGAGAAUGUGGAACAAGUACCUUGAGAGUGAGGACAGCAAGGUCGUGGAUCUGUUUGUUGGUCAGCUGAAAAGCACUUUGACGUGCAGCGAGUGCGGCUACUGCUCUACUGUGUUCGAUCCUUUCUGGGAUUUGUCUCUACCAAUCGUAAAGACUUCAGGAGAAGUGAGUUUAAUGGAUUGCCUUCGUCUUUUCACCAAGGAGGAUGUGUUAGAUGGGAUCGAGAGACCGACAUGCAACAGAUGUAAAACCAGAAGGAAAUGCACGAAAAAAUUUACCAUACAGAAAUUUCCCAAAAUCCUGGUGCUUCAUCUGAAACGAUUCUCUGAGUGUCAGGUCAAAACCAGCAAACUGUCAACGUUUGUGAACUUUCCCCUUAAAGAACUGGACCUCAGGGAGUUUGCCUCUGAUAACAGCAUAAACACGGUGUAUAAUCUGUAUGCUGUGUCGAAUCACACUGGUACGUCUUUAGGUGGUCAUUACACCGCGUACUGCCGUAAUCCCUCCUCAGGAGAGUGGUACACCUACAAUGACUCCAGGGUGAGCCCCAUGUCGUCCAGUCAGGUGCGCAGCAGCGACGCAUAUGUUCUCUUCUAUGAAUCUGCAGUGUCAUCACGAAUGUGAUCAAUCCUACACACAGGCUGAAACAUAAAGGGAUUAAAAAACUCUUUUGCUGCUGUUAGACUCAGUCGUGGUCUGGGUCUACAUAUUUGCAUCCGUCCCGAGAUUCGAUUCCGGUGGGAGGCCGUGGGACUUUGAUAGCCACGGUUUGAAUUACAGUCAUGGGCUAUUGGGAAGCCCAAAGCCUGAACUUGGCGUAAGGGCUUCUCCGUGCUGAUACGACCAUGGGAUAUGAAGUACUACCUCGAAUGAGCUAGAUUGUGUGCGUUUGUGUGUUGUGUGUGUCAGUCACCAGACUGAUAUUGAAGGACUCUAUGCACUAUGUAACAGGAGCUCGCCGGCUCACCAUAACAAAACCAACAUCCCCAUCCUUAUCUUAUUUAAUGUUUAAUUUAAAGCUAAAUGACUCUGACAUGAGGUCAUCCUGCAGAGGGGCCAUGUACUGUAGGUCAAUAGUGGAUGGUUCAAUGAAUUGUUUACGAUUUCAAACAGAAGCAUCUGCUUUGGUUUGGUCACAUUUGAGAGAUUAUGCACAUUCAAAGGGCAUUGUUUGACUGAAUGAUUUUAUCCCCUGGUGGCCAGGAAUUGGUUAAAGGAUAGUUUACGCAAAAUUGAAAAUGAUGUCAUUAUUUACUCACCCUGACAUUUGUUGAUUUGAAUGAUGACAUAAUGUUCAUUUUUGUGUGUAUUAUCUGUUUAAACUGAAAAUGAUUGAUGGAAUUUUAAAUAUUUUAUUUUUAAAAUAUUGCAAACUCAACAUUUCAGCUUUGGCCUUAAUAUGUUUGUCUCAUUCUGUCAAGGACACUACAUUGAGUUAAAUCUGACGUUGAGUCUUUUAUCAGACCAGACAGAAAGCCACCAGGAGGGUGUUUGUGUGUGACUUUAUGUAUUAUUGCUCUAUUUAUAAAGUGAGUGUUGUGAAUGUAGCUUAUUAUCAUUGCGCUUGAAACAGACAGUGCUUUUUUACUACAGAGAGAUUUUAAGCGACUGAUCAUUUUGUGUCUGAAAUGUGACUAGUGUGUUGUGCAUCAAGAAGCUUUGGCUUUUCAAAAGUCAAAUAAGUAACGUUAGAUAUAAAUAAAAACAUAUCGACACAAACAAUCGUGAAUUUUA